GCAUAGUCCACUGCAACAGUUGUUUACAUCUUUUAUUGAGAGAAGAGUCUGAAAAUUCAAAUCUUGAAAUCUAGGGUUUGGCCCUUUUUUUGGUAAUCAUACAGUACUUACUAUUUAAUCCAUUGAUUUGGGCCUCAUCUUUCAAUUCAUUGCUGUUUUGGUCGGCUGAAUUUGGUUGGUUUUUCUGUCUUAACUUCAAGUUUGAGCCACAUGAUUCAACAGUGAUUUCCAAGUCUAUUCACUGUAUUAUCUUUUGUCCACAUUUCAUUUGUCUUAUAUUACUUUUCCCCCCUCUCUCUCUCUCUAUAUAUAUAAACUCAUCACUUCUUCUUCUUCAUCUGAGCUUCACAUGCAGGAUUCAUCCGCAGCCAUGAAAUAAUCUUAUUCCGAAGAAUCGUUGGUGGAUAUGAACAUCUACAGCCCUGAACUCCACAUCGCACACCAAAGCCGCCGAGACAAGCUCAGAAUUCACCAAGAUUUUUAUGUCAACAAUUUCCCGCAAGAUGUAUCAAACUCCCGAAACGGGAGCAUUUGCUACGAUCCUUCCGAACUCUCCUCCGAUCAGAUGAUCAACUUCUCCGCUAUGGAACCCGACAAGAUUACCCCUUCUUCCGAUGCACAUUACUUCACCUCAUGGAAAGGCAUCGCCACCGAUUCCAUUUACAAUUCAUACCCUAUUUCAGCAUUGGAUGGCGCUUCCUCGCUCUACCAGAAUGAGUUGCAAGGCCUCGAAUUCGCCUCUCUUCCGCUUCUCCCCGAACAACUGCGGAUGAAGAAUCAAUCCGGCUCCAUAAGCGAUGGCUGCGGUCAAUGGAGGGGCGAGGUCAAUUUGAGAGAACACUCAAUCACUCAAGCGCUCUCGUUGUCGCUUUCAUCCGUUCCUCCGCUGAAAGUUCGUGAUAUUCAGACUAAUGUCCAAGAUUCGACAGCUUGGAGGCCGGAGUUGGUAUCUCCGAAUCAAAAUAUGUCGACCGGGAGUAGAGUAUUGGGGACUCAUCGGAACCCCGGUCCGUUGGGGCCAUUCACCGGAUACGCAACAAUUCUCCGAAACUCAAGGUUUCUAAGGCCGGCGCAGCAGAUGUUGGAGGAGUUCUGCUCCAUUUCGGGGCCUAAAGAUGUCGAAAUUUGUGAUGUUUCCGAUGGUAUUUUUGACGAGGCUAGGGUUUUCGGUGAAGGUGCUACUAAUAAUGAUUCUCGUGAUACGAGUUGGGAGGCCAAGGGUAUGAGCAGCUCGUCGGAGUCUCAUCGGCCGGAGAAUCUUCAGAGGAAGGCGAAGCUCUUGAUUAUGCAGGAUGAGGUUUGCAAAAGGUACAAACAAUACCAACAGCAGAUUCAGAUGGUGGUUACAUCGUUUGAAUCAGUAGCCAGCCUCAGUUCCGCAACUCCUUACGCUUCGCUAGCCCUAACGAUGAUCACCAAGCAUUUCCGGUUGUUGAAGAACGCGAUAACGGACCAGCUCAAUAGCAUUAAAAACGCCUCUGCGUCUGCCAAUGCUUCGGUCUUGAAGUUUUUCGAACAUAGAAAGGGUCUUGAAGGCCAGCAUUCCUGGAGGCCUCAGCGAGGCCUCCCGGAACGUGCUGUCUCUGUUUUGCGCGCCUGGUUGUUCGACCAUUUUCUUCAUCCUUAUCCUACAGACACAGACAAGCAUACGCUGGCCACGCAGACCGGCCUAACUCGAAACCAGGUAUCAAAUUGGUUUAUAAAUGCACGUGUUCGUGUAUGGAAGCCGAUGGUCGAAGAGAUACACAUGCUCGAAACCAAAGCUUCUGAUAAUGCUGGUAACGGUAGUGAUGGCAAAACUGUGGUUGAAGAUUGCGAUGAAGCCCGGGAAAGUAGCCAGCUGAGAAUGCGUGCCAUCCCGGACAAGAAGGUCGAAUGCUCGGGUUUUGACCCUUCCGAGCAGGAGGGGGAUAGGUCGAAGGCGAGCAUGUGGAGUCAAGAAAAGCGUUCAAGAAUCGAGUACCAUGUCCCGGGAAGUGUUGAUGGGUCGUUGAUGGGGUUCGUGCCUUCCCACCGGAAUGGUGUCGGGUCGGUGUCGCUGACUUUGGGUCUCCGACAAAGCCCCGAGGGCGGUCGGGAGAGGCAUAUGAGGCAUUAUGGAGGUCAGAUUAUUGGAGACUUUGUUGGCUGAUGAUUUUGAUGUAGACUUUGGAGAAAAUUAAGGUAGAAAUAAAUUACUAUUUCAAAUCACAAAUUAAGAUUGUGAAAGAAGGUUUAGGAAAAUGAGAAGUUGCAAAAGCAAAUACAUCUCAUAAUUCUACAUAAAUAAGAUUAAGUUAACAUUUCAACAGAUCUGUGACAUAUUUUUGUAUUACCAUCGUUUUCUAUUUUACGAAAAUUGUUUUUGUCGUUUC